UCCAACCAGACUCACAGGACAGACUCACAGAACAGUGUCACAGACUCAGCCACAUUACUACAGGAGCAUUUCAUGAUAUAUCUCAGCUCCCCACCAUGAUCUCCAGGCAGAAGGGAUGUCUCCUUGUCUUAAUAUUCACAGUUGCCGGUGUGGUGUACAGAUGCUGGGAUUUGGACAGUUAUUAUUACUUCCAAAGCUACAUCUUCGGAAUAUCCCAGGUGAAAAAUGUUUCUGGUACAGAUGUUUCUGAUCCUGCAACACCAGACACCAAAGCCGGUAUUAUGUUUGUGGAGUCGACUGACAAUGUAGAGCCGACGCCGUUGAUGGUAUGCUCAGUGGAGUCUGCUGCUCGUCUAAACCCAGACAAACCAGUCUACUAUUUCAUGAAGGGGUUCAGUGGCAACUUGAGUCAGUAUCCACAGCCUGAGUACAGAGGCAUCCCUUUGCUCUCCUCAAUGAAGAAUGUUGUCAUUCUACCCUUAAAUCCCACUGGACUGUUUGAAGACACUCCAUUGAAAGGCUGGUAUCAAAAGGUAAAUCCAGAAAAGGAGAGGUAUUGGAUCCACGUAUUUGCCGAUGGCUGCAGGUUAGCAUUGCUCUGGAGAUAUGGGGGCAUCUACCUGGAUACCGACAUAAUAUCAUUAAGGUCUAUGCCAUUUGAUAACUUUACAUGUCCAGAGCACAUAGGAACUGUCAGCAACGGGGCAAUGGGUUUUCAUCACAAGCACCAUCCUUUUUUGUGGAAUUGCAUGGAAGAUUUUGUGGCUCAUUACAUUGGAGAUCUUUGGGGUCAACAAGGUCCUCGACUGAUUACCCGUGUGCUGAAGAAAUGGUGCAACAUGGAUAACCCAGGAGCCUUCAUUGGCAAGGAAUGCAAUGGCAUCUCUUUAUGGAUCACAAAACGGUUCUACCCAAUCCCAUAUCCGGCUUGGGAAAGGUAUUAUGCUCACUGGAAAAAGGAGGAUAUCGAGCAAGCCUUCUCAGCUACAUAUGGAGCUCAUGUCUGGAAUUACAUGAAUUCUGGCAAGAAAAAAAAAGUUGUUGCUGGAAGUGGAUCAUUAAUUGAAUAUUUUUUCCAGUUGCAUUGUCCAAAUAGUUACAAAAAUUUAAUUCAAUCCUAAAAUAGUACAGACUGAUUUAGGACCUGAUAAUGUACAAUGAGUGACAAAAUUAAAUUGACAGAUUUUGCAAAAUUACAGUCUAAAAAUAAAUAAAACUCCUUUGAGCACAA